AUGAACAACUUUAUCCUCCUGGAAGAACAGCUCAUCAAGAAAUCACAACAGAAGAGAAGAACUUCUCCCUCAAACUUCAAAGUCCGCUUCUUUGUUUUAACCAAAACCAGCCUGGCGUACUUUGAGAACCGUCAUGGGAAAAAGCGCACAUUGAAGGGCUCCAUUGAACUCUCCCGAAUCAAAUGUGUCGAGAUUGUGAAAAGUGACAUUUGCAUCCCAUGCCACUAUAAAUACCCAUUUCAGGUUGUGCAUGACAACUACCUCCUGUAUGUGUUUGCUCCAGACCGCGAGAGCCGGCAGCGUUGGGUUCUGGCCCUUAAAGAAGAAACAAGGAAUAAUAACAGUUUGGUACCCAUGUAUCAUCCUAACUUCUGGAUGGACGGAAGGUGGAGAUGCUGUGCUCAGCUAGAGAAGCUCGCAGUGGGCUGUGCCCAGUAUGAUCCAACCAAAAAUGCUUCAAAGAAGCCUCUUCCUCCUACUCCUGAAGACAACAGGCGAUCACUUCGGGAACCUGAAGAAACCAUUGUCAUUGCCUUGUAUGACUACCAAACAAAUGAUCCACAGGAACUCAUGAUACAACGCAAUGAGGAGUACUACCUGCUGGACAGUUCUGAGAUUCACUGGUGGAGAGUGCAGGACAAGAAUGGGCAUGAAGGAUACGUACCCAGCAGUUAUCUGGUGGAAAAAUCUCCAAAUAGCCUGGAAACCUAUGAGUGGUACAAUAAAAGUAUCAGCCGAGACAAAGCUGAAAAACUUCUUUUGGACACAGGCAAAGAAGGAGCCUUCAUGGUACGAGAUUCCAGGACUCCAGGAACAUACACGGUGUCUGUUUUCACCAAAGCCAUUGUAAGUGAGAACAACCCCUGUAUAAAGCACUAUCACAUCAAAGAAACAAAUGAGAACCCCAAGCGAUAUUAUGUGGCUGAGAAGUAUGUGUUUGACUCCAUCCCUCUCCUCAUCAAUUAUCACCAACAUAAUGGAGGAGGUCUGGUCACUAGACUCCGGUAUCCAGUUUGUUCCUGGAGUCAGAAAGCCCCGGUCACAGCAGGACUGAGAUACGGGAAAUGGGUGAUUGAUCCCACAGAGCUCACUUUUGUGCAGGAGAUUGGCAGUGGGCAGUUUGGCUUGGUACAUCUUGGCUACUGGCUCAACAAGGACAAAGUGGCCAUCAAAACCAUUCAAGAAGGGGCUAUGUCAGAAGAGGACUUCAUAGAGGAGGCUGAAGUCAUGAUGAAACUCUCUCACCCCAAACUGGUCCAGCUGUACGGGGUGUGCCUAGAGCAGGCCCCCAUCUGCCUGGUGUUUGAGUUCAUGGAGCACGGCUGCCUGUCAGAUUACCUGCGCAGCCAGCGGGGGCUCUUUGCCUCAGAAACCCUGCUGGGCAUGUGCCUGGAUGUGUGUGAGGGCAUGGCGUACCUGGAAGAGGCAUGUGUCAUCCACAGAGACCUGGCUGCCAGAAAUUGUUUAGUGGGAGAAAACCAAGUCAUCAAGGUGUCCGACUUUGGGAUGACAAGGUUCGUCCUUGAUGAUCAGUACACCAGUUCCACAGGCACCAAGUUCCCGGUGAAGUGGGCAUCCCCGGAAGUCUUCUCCUUCAGUCGCUAUAGCAGCAAGUCAGACGUGUGGUCAUUCGGUGUGCUGAUGUGGGAAGUCUUCAGUGAAGGCAAAAUCCCAUAUGAAAACCGAAGCAACUCAGAAGUGGUAGAAGACAUCAGUACCGGAUUUCGCUUAUACAAGCCCCGGCUGGCCUCUGCGAAUAUCUACCAGAUCAUGAGUCAUUGCUGGAAAGAGAAACCAGAAGACCGGCCACCUUUCUGCAGACUCUUGAGUCAACUGGCUGAAAUUGCAGAAUCGGGACUUUAGCAGGACUCAGCCCCAGGCCCCGGGCUGCACAUCCUGAAAGGGGGAAGCAAAUUCUCUCUUUGUAGAGCAUUAAAAGCGCCACCAGCCCAGAAUUCCCCAGAGGCAGCUGGUCUGUGGCACCAGUUCCCGAGUCACCACAGAGGCAGCAGCGCCCUGACAGAGGCAGGAGGCUGGGCCGCUGAACUGGGAGUGACAGCCAUGUCUCUCUCCUCCUUCCAGCCUCUUACCUUGUGCAGUAUGCAGACCUCAACCUGCUGGCUUCCAGGCAACAUUUCUUGCACUUCUUAGAGAAAAGGAGAGACACGGUAGGGCUGUGGAUUAUGGUUUUUAUUAUUAUUUCCAACAUGGAUCUAAAGUGUAUGAUCGAGGGAUUUUUACUUGACCAGACAACACAGAAUCCCAGGAUGUGGGGCAAGAGAAAUGAGGAGUGUGACUCUUUUUCAAGGAGGACUGGUGAGUUAAUUAAGGUCAGAAAGAGGGAGCUCAGCGGCUGUGAUGCUGUCAGCCGCAGCUUCCUGCCAACGAGGAUGAUGGAACAGCUGCUCACCUCUGAGGCCAGAUAUGCUGAGAAGCAGCUUUAGGAGGUUUUAUUCAUUGAGCACACGGCCUCCUCCCUCCUUGAAGGGGCAUGAUGUACUGGGUGAACAGUUCUGAUCCCACGGUUGGAGAUGGCAUCUGUAUAGAAAGAGGGCAUCAGAUGGUGGGGAACCAACUGGCGCAGAGAAAGGCCUUAGGUUGUUACCACUCCAAUGCCCACCUUUAGUACCAAGUGCCUCCCCUUCUGCAUGGAAUGCUUCCACAGGCAUCCUGGGAGAUGACUGCUUUGGAACACUGGCUCCCACUGAGGACUCCGCCCUCAGUUUUUCUGACCUCCGGAGUUAGUCCCUUCUCUGCACGCUCCCACCCUCAUCAGCAGAGGGCAGCAUUGUGUCGGGCAGUGUGGCCUUGCAGACAUCUGGAAGCUUGUUUAGGCCCUAGAGAUUUGCAACUGGAAGGUUGAGGCUUCAAGUCUCCUGGAAGUUAGGAGAGUUCAGUUCUCAUUCAAACCAUCUGGAUGGAAAGUGAGUCAAGCACUGAGUGGGGUGCUUCCAAGAUGCACAAGGCAGCCUACUGUUGAUGGAACACUGAAGUAUGCACAGUGAAUAUGUACUGAGCUGCAGGCCUUAUCCACAGAAUUUCAUUUCUUCUUGAGUUCACACCAACCCCAUGAGAAUGUGUUCUUGUUUCCAUUUUACAGACGAUGGAACUGAAGCUUUAAAAAGCCAAGACAGCUCGCCAAAAUGACAGAGCUAGGAAAUGGAGAGCCCACAUCUGUGGGCUGCCAAUGACGUUUCUUUAUUCCUGUUCAACACUGCCUUCUACUGAGGAUGAAAGGGAUUGCAGAGGAAAUAAACACAGCUGGGGAAAGACACAGAAAGGCAAUAAAGAAGUCCACCAUCAAGUGAUGUUUCUCCCACAUAGACCACUGUGGUUGGCCGUGUAGCUCUCCAACUUGGAAUAGGAUCUUCUUUCUCUCAUCUGUCUUCUCACCUUUGUUAGAGUUAAUGACUUUGGAGUUACCCAGUUAAUUAACCCUUUGAUUCACGCACCCCUCCAGAGUCCUGUUGCAUGAAGCCAUUUAUAGGUGAGCUUCAAAGCAGUUUUGAAAGAUCCUCCUGCAGGUGUAUAAAUGCUUCCUUUAAUUAUCAUUUCGACUUGGAGCCAGCUGCAGCAUUCUUGGCCACUUUGUGGGGAAGGGUAUUCCCUGAUGUAAGAGAGAUUUCAUAUUCCUACAGUGUUCAGAUAAAACUUUUAGAGAGAUUAUUAGAUGGUGUUGCAGUGAGCUCUUUCUAAAUCGUGUGAUAUUUUGACCAGCUGGAGAUUCAGAUGCAUAACUUGUAACUAUAAUUAUUGUGAAACUGGUUGCCUCAAGAUAAAACUCUGUCAUUCAGAACAUGAUCUUACUCAACAUAUCCCAAAUCAUCCCUGUUUACUUUCUGGCAUUUUGUGCAUUCUCUUGUGGAACCCUUAAUUAGAGACAGUUUCUAGAACAUCCAGCCCAAAGGAAAACAUCAAAAUUGACUUAUUUCUGUGGUCUGGUUUCAAAAAUUGCCCCUUGCAUGGUAUUACGGUGUUCAAGCUCAGAUUCACUGGGGCCUUAACUGAACAUGUUAACUCCCCAGUGUCCUAUCCUGAAAAAUGGGCUUCCUGCCUGUUUUUUUCUACCCCUCUCAUGCUUUGGAAAUGGUACCAUGUGUUCACAGGGAAUUUCCUUAUCCAAGGUUUUGGUUCUAGAUGCAUUUUAUAGAUUUUGCAUUUUGUACCUUUUGAGACUAUUUAUAUUUGGAUGUAUUGAAUAUUUAUUAGUGUACAGUGAUUGCUAGCAUGCACAAUAAAAAUGUUACAAAUAUCUCUAACCAUUUAUAAGACACACAUAGUUAAAGAUUGGGUCUAGCUGUAUGUUUUAAUAAAUACAGUAUAUAUGGCCCGGGUUCCACAUUUGCCCAAAUGUCAAACAACCUAAAAUUUCCCUUAAAUAAAAAUGAUUACAUGGCUUCAUGUUCCACAAACGAGUAAGGACUAUAUAUAGUCAACAUUUGUUCAACAAGUAAAUAUCAAAUGCUUCCUGUGUUCCUAUGAUACACUCUGCAGAGAGCUAUGGAAACAAAGAUGAAAAACAGCACAGUCUUUACAUUUAGAAACUCCAGGUAAGUCAUAAAAAAAAGCAGACAUAUAAACAAGUAAAAUUAUAAUCCAGCAACUAGAGCAAGAACAGAAAUAUAGUCAAAGAGGAGAAGAGCCCAGAAAAAGUGAUGGAAUCUCUCAGGGGAAAGGGGACAUCAAGAAAAACUUCCCAGAACCUUGCUACUCAAAGUGUGGUCCCCGGACCAUCAACAGCAAUAGGACCGGCUUAUGAGAAAUGUGAAUUCUCUGGCUUCACCCUGAGACUCACUGAAUGAGAAUCUGCAUUUUCACAAGAUCCACAGGUGAGCAUAAGCACAUUAAAGUUUGAGAAGUACCAUCAUAGAAGAUAUAAUGUCUGGCCCAGCUUAGAAGAUGGAUUAUGGGGUUUUUUUAGGAAGUAAAUGGAGAGAAAUAAGAGAAAUACUUUCCAGGUAGAAGGAUAGAGGAAGCAGAAUGUAUGGAUGGGGAAGCUAUUAUCAGUUUAUCCUCGCCGGCGCCUAAGUUGUGGGGUGGGUGUGAGGUGUUGGCAAGGGUAAGGAUGAUAGAAGGGGUUAGGUGCAUCGAAAAGGAAGCUGAAAAUCUAGAUAAGGACCAUAUUUUAAGAGACAAAAAAUUUGGGAGCUCUACCUAUAGAUAGAAAAGAUGUCAUUGAGCAAGGAGAGAAAGUCAAAUCUGUGUUUAAAAAUACAUUCUGACAGCAGCAUGGUGAGUGGAUUUGAGAGAGGAACGCUGAUGGAAAAGAAGCCAAUGUGAAGAUGAUUUUUUGCCUUGUUCCGAGUACCAGAUUAUUGUCCAUACUCAUUUACUGUCAUCUGCUGUGUGGGUGACAUGCAGAAAUUGUAAUUCGGAGUUCUUCAGUCACAGUUGGACAGCGAUGAAUAGCUGUUCCCCUGCCUCUUAAAAUCCCAGUGAAAUAAAGGCUCGCUUG